CAGCGCUCGCUGACCGGACAAGUCGCUGGAACAUCUGUCAGUUUAUGUUUUGUGCUAAACUGUCGCUUGAGUAAAUCGUGCGUUCGUUUUCACAUAAUUCGUAAGAGAACGAAUUUUCUUUCAAGAAUAGUACGUGUCAUCGUGCGCCGUCUCUAUUACUCCGCAACCAGUUGUUUUUCAGUGAUUUUGCCAGAGAGCUGAUGAUGCACAACUGCCGCCCCGCCCGCCACUGCGAGUGAACCUGUCGCGCGCAACUCAGAGCUCGCCCGCCGCCCCCGGCAGCCAGAAGCUCGCGGCCUCCGCCCCCGGGCAGCAGCAGCAGCAGCAGCAGGGCAGCAUGUCCCGCCAGCAGACGGAGCGCUCCAUCCCGCACCUGCGGGACAUCUUCGGCUUCCACGGCUGGGAGCCGCAGCCGCAGCAGCCCGACCCGGCGGCCGCAGUCGCGCAGAAGCUGCAGGAGAUGCGCGUCGACGCCAGCAACGACAGCGCCGUGUCAGUGGGCUCCACCAGCGAGGACGACUCCCCGCAGAAGGGGGGCGGCGGCGGCGGCGGCGGCGGCGGCGGCGGCAGCGGCAAGAAGAAGAAGCAGCGCAACAGCCGGCGCGACAACGCGCGCACCCUCACCGAGCGCGACGUCAAGCACCUGGAGCGCCACCUCUCCAUGAAGAAGACCAUCCGCAAGAAGAUCAUGCGCGACCUGCAGCAGGCUUUCGUAGAGGACCCGAACGAGUUCCGCGUGGAGGACAUCUCGCCCGAACAGCUGAAGGCCGAGAUCAACAUCCAGAGCUUGAGCUUCGGCGCUCCGCAGAAGCGGCCCGGGAAGAAGGCCGCCGCAGAGCCCAACUUCCUAGACAUGCUGCGCGCCGGCAGCGCCCCUGGCGGCCGCGUCGUCAACGACGACGAGGACUCCGGCCACGGCUCGCCGACGCGCGAGUCACCUGGCGGCCGGCUGGCGGACUGCGGCUACGCGGAUGACGACGACGAUGACGUCGGCGAGGGCUACGAGCCGGAGCCCGAGCCUGAGGCGGCGAAGAAGACGAGCUUCUGGCGGCGGUUCACCAUGAAGGGCCGCAACAAGCGGUGAGCGGCGAGCGGCCGCCCCUCGCCACCACUCGAGUCCCUCCCUCCCUCGCACGCUCUCGAAGCACGGGCCUGGAUGUCAGAGUACGCGUGCCUCCAUCCCAGACUUCCAACUCUUCCAGAUGCCGUCCAGGAGGCUCGUCGUUUUAAAAAUAAAACUAAUUUUUGGCAAAAUUUGUUUCAUUUUAUUGCAUUCCCUUAAAAACUAAUUUUAACAAACAAAAAUUCCAUUGGUAGUUCAUAAAUAUCACAUUUAACAGUAACACCCAUUCCAACUGAACCCAGGGCCAGCGAUAUUAGACCUACAAUGAACUUUAUUUGUACUACUACUGCACAUAUCUUUCUCCUGAAGGCGCGAGGAAAAGCUGAAUUACGAAAGUUUUGACAGGAUUUCCUGUGGAUAUCCAUCACUUGCUUCUUUUAAAAAUUUGGGAACUAGAGACUGGAAAUCACUUUCCGUUAUUUUGUCGAGCACUGUAUCGAACCAGGUUUGUUUAAUGUCAUAUGCCUCUUCAUUGAUGAUGGAGUAAAGGUAACGAAUUACGUCACCUGAUGAUCCAUGAUUUGGCGCUGAAAAGAGAGUCUUUCUUAACAGCUCCUGUGACUCUACAGGUGGAGGAUGAUUCAUUAAUAACAGUCCAAGGUUUGUGAACAAAAGUCCUGAAAAUUGUGUCAUUCCAUGAUCUGCUCGAGUUUAAACAAAACUUGUUUUAUGACUACAUUUUAUACAUCUUAUAGUAGUGUAUACUUCUGUAUCAAAUAUAAGGCAUUCUGCAUAUUCCUCCAGUCGCAGGAGCGCCCCCCCCCCCCCAUGAAAUACCAAAUUAUUUCAUUUUGGCAUCAUUGAUGACUAAGGUAUUUGGGGUCUUCAUUGCCCCUCACCCCCACGUCUUAAAAAAAUACCCAAUCUUACCCCCUUCUCCUAAAUAAACAUAUCUAAAUGCUGUUUAACUGUAUAACACAACAAUUAUAAUGCAUUCAAGAACAAGAAUGAACACAGGGUCUGAGCUGAAGAGAGGUGGCGAAGGGAAAGGGGAGAGGGGUGGAAGGCAGCUGAUGUUAGUUUCCUGAUGCACAAAGUACAUUUGCUACCAGUCAAUAUCCAUUAUAUGUUCUUUCUUUCUUUCUUCCUUUGACCUGUACUGGACUGGUACGUCUGUGUGUUUGUUUGGGCAAGAUACAUGUUCGAUUGAGAAUCCCUUUCUGGGAGUGUAGUUGCCCUCCAUUCCCCGAAGUUCCUAUUGUAACAAUUUUUUAGAUCUACUUAUACAAAAAGAGGAGCAGGAGGACAAUAAAAAGUUAAUAACUUGUCAGAAUUAAGAAGGGAGGUUAUAGGAGGAAAUGUCCAUAUGCCACCUCACCUUACAUGUAGGUCAGUAUCUGAUUUCUCAUAGCUGUUCACAAGGGAUACAGAAGGGGGCACUUGCAUCUCACUCCCUGGAAUCUAGAGUACAGAGUUUUUAGUCAUUGUAGAAAUGCCUUAAACUUAAAUUCUCUGAGGUAUGAUGAAUUUUUUGUCCCACCUAUAAGAUUUAGUACUUCUUGCAUGACAUGUCAUAAAUGACAGGCAACUUCAGUGUCUCCAUGUCCUACACCCCCAACACCUACCCCCCCCCCUUUCCAUCACCAUAGAAGUUUCUGUAGAUGCACUUGGGAAUAAUGGUUUCUGUUAGUGAUGUGACAUUGCAUCAAUGUUGAGCAGUGUCAUAAGAUUAAUGCUUUUAUAUUAUGCUGGGCAAGAGGCACAAAUUCUAAUAUGGAGAAAACUCAAUUUGUUAAAAUGUUCAAGAUUUCAACCUAAAGCUAAGCACGUUCCCUCUUCCCAAUUUUGGCACCCUUGGGAGCUGCCUGGUUCAUGAAGAACAUUGAGGUGACAGUGGUUGCAUGUGAUCUGGGAACUAGUGUUAGCUGCAUGCUCUGCGACCUUAACUCCAAAAUACCUCAAUAAAGAUAAAAAGUCAGUCAUGAGCUGCACAAGAAAACCUUUAUUUGGUCUACUGAAACAAAUGAAGAUUAUCUUGUGGAUGUUUUCUCUUUGUUGAAAUAUUCUGCGGUUACGAACAAAAUUCAAAGUAGGCCCUACCUUCUUUUCCAUAAAUUAUUUUUAUAUAUGGUGACAGGAAAUUCUUUUAAGAAGCAAAAUCUAUCCAAUUUCAGUUGUUUAUGAUUUAGAAACUGCAACCACCAAGACUUUGUGUAUAUGAAUAUAGUAUAGAGAAUGACAUUAUUCUUCUUUGUCUGUCAGUAAUAUAAUGACAGUUGAUCAUUGAAUCCUACCCAGAACACAGGCUGUUAACACAAUUUAAGAUAUCUUUAUAAGAUGUACAUACAGAUUACAUAAUUUUGAACAUCAAGGGCUAGGAGAUGGGACAAAAACUGAGAAAGCAGCAGCUUGAGCUCCUUUUUAGUGAACAAAAUAUUCUUUAGCUGUUCUCAAAUCAAGUUCAUAAAGAAAUACAAAGAGUGCUAUAAUCAUAGUACAUCUCUUUCAAGACAAGGGAAAAAAUCACAUGGGGAAGCAAACACCUGUGGUGUUCCCCCCCCCCCC